CAAAGGGUGUGUGUGUAUGUGUUUGAUGCACAUUAUAAACACAGUUCAGGGGCCCCUAAACACAAUGGCCGAUUGAAAUUGAAGAAAAAAAGUUCGGAGAUUCCAUUUCUUUUUCUUGAACAUCAAACUUACAAUUAUCAAUACAUUAAUAAUGGUGUGUGAAACUUCCGAUUAUCCUCAGAAAUCUCUCCAAUUCAAGCAAAAUGACAAAUUCUUCUCCAAAAUUCUGUCCCGAGAAAGUUCCAGAGCCAACUACUCUUCAAGAAUCUACUACGGCGGAUUGGCCGGCGCCGUUCCCUUCGUUUGGGAGUCCCAGCCAGGUACGCCUAUUCACCGAUUUUCCGAUGACCUAACUCCUCCUCUUACUCCUCCUCCUUCUUACUUUUCCGAUUCCCUCAAAAAACCGCUCAAGAAACGUUCCAAAUCUCUCUCUCUUCUUCACAUCUUCUUCAAUUCCAAGAGGAAAUUCGAUCUGUUGUCUCCGCCGCCUGUUUCUAAAUCCGCCUCAUUGCCGUCUCCCGGAUCCGUGUUCGACUCAGCCGCCGGCGCGAAGUUCACAGGGCGGCGUUCCGCGCGGCGGUUUCCGACUGAAAAGGAGGAAGAGAAUGCGGCGGCUAGUGGUUCGGUUCUUUGUUUCGGACUGGGUAGGUGAGCGGCGGUAUACGGCUCUGAAUCUGAAUCGUAAAUCGGAAUCGGAAUGGGAGUAAAAGCUUUUAGAAUAAUGGUUUUGUGCAUUUGGUGAAUCGACAACGCCAAAAGGGAUUGGUUGAAAAUUUGUAAAACUAAUAAUAAUAAUAGUAAUAAACUUUAACUAAUCAUCUUUUUAUUUCACUUUUUUUUUUUAUUAGAAAUAAAUUUUUUCUCCUCGUAAAAAUUUAUGUCUUUCAUCAAUUUUCUAAAAUGUUUGGGAAUAUUGAAAUUCGUAUUAUUGAUUUGCA